GUUUAUGAAAUUAAUUCUUUCGGAAUGCAGCUUGGAUCUUCUUCUGGAAGUAUUAGCUAUUAAUUCCAUAUUUCUAAUAUUUCUUGCCAAACAUAUUACUUUUCUGUUUAUUACAGAAAAUAUAAAACAAUUACGGAAACGUGUCCGAAAUAACUGGAGUGUUUUAGUAAAUGAUCAAGAGAUCGAUAUCAUGCACAAAUAUACUAACGGAGGAAAAAGCUUUACAAAAAUUUUCGCAAUAUCCAUCUAUUUUGGAAUUUUUGCUUUCACUUUAAUGCAAUAUCUUCCGGAUUUACUUGAUGGCAUAGUACCUUUAAAUGAAUCUCGUCCAAGUAUGCUUAUCCAUCAGGCGAAAUAUUUUACCAAUCAGGAAAAAUAUUUUUAUAUUCUAAUUAUGCAUGAAGUUAUUGGAAUGUUCCUUUGUGCAACUACUGCAAUAGCUGCUGAAUCAUUCUCAUUAGUAAACGCAUUACAUGCUUUUGGAAUGUUUAAUGUUGCUAGUUACCGUAUGGAACAUAUGUUAAGCAUAAAUAUUUCACAAAUACGUGAAUUAGCUAAAAGUUGUGAUAGCACUAUUAUAUUUUGUGAUAAAAUAGUCGCUGCCGUGGACAUCCAUAAAAGAGCUAUGCAAUUUUCGGAUUUAUUACAAAAAAGCUUGGGGCUAUCGUACCUGUUUAUAAUUGUAAUGACUAUAUGUACGGCAGCUGUUUCACUCUAUCGUAUAUUUCGAGUAAUAACGAUGCAACAGGAAGAGCUAGAACUUAUUAAAUUAUUCUAUUAUGUGAGCCUCCUUUUUUCAUAUUUAAUUAUAGGUAAUUUUGUUGGACAAGAAUUUAUAAAUCGUGAUGAUCGGGUUCAUCGAAUGAUAUGUAACACAAAAUGGUACAAGGCACCAGUAAAGAUUCAAAAAUCUCUACUUUUCCUGCUCAGAAAAACUACAAAAACUUACAAAGUUAAUGCUGCUGGUUUGUUUUGUCCCUCUUUAGAAGGUUUGGCCAGGAGCCUGAGUUUUAUGGUUUCUUUUCUGACGCUCUUAUGUUCCAUUUGAAGAUAUUUUUAAUUAUAAAAGAUACAUUCGUAAAUUUUAUAAUUUUAUGCAAACUUAUGAUAAUAUUUUAUAUGGAUCUCAUAAUAUCAUCUUAGUUGUAUCAAAAUAUUUUGAAUGUGUGUGUGUGUGUGUGUGUGUGUGUGUGUG